AAAGCUGAGCUAUUGGGCGGCUUUUUCCAGCAUGGCCUCGCGCAUUUGGAGCCUGUUGUACAGCAUAGUGCUGUCAAAUGCCAGCACGAUCAAACUUAUGAUGCCCCACAACUCCGCACAGAGCAAUGCUGGAUGGCGGGAAGGUUUCGACUUCUUUGUGCAGUGGUUCAACGCCCAGGGCGGUUUUACGAUGUCGGCAGAUGGGCAAAGCUAUACCUUGGACGUGGUGCUGUGCGAGGAGGCACUGGACACUGACGCAAGCACCAAGGUGCAAGGCUGCGUGAACCAGGCCCAAAGCCAGAAUGUGGAUGCCAUCAUCGCUGGCACUUCCAGCGCCAAUGAUGAUUUGAAAGCAGCAGCGGAGGCUUACAACAUACCCAACCUCCAUUGUUCAGGAGGAAACCCAAUGUCGUGGACUGCAACGACGCCUCAUGCCUUUGGACUUCAUUUGCCAUUUCCAUGGUAUUCACGUGGUCCCAUCCGCCAAGCCGCCCUGCUCGAACUGAAGACCAUCGUAGUCCUGCGGAGCUAUGAGUGGGGCUUCCCACGUAUCUCUGCGGUGGCGGCCAUGGAGUGGAGCCUGGAGAGUGCCAUGACGGUCAUCGGGCCGACCGUCGCCUGGUGCAACCAGUGGGCCAACAUGACAACGACAUGCUCCAUUCGGAACGGCGCCUGCAGAUGUGGCGCGCAAUCCGAGUUCGAUGCCAUGGGCUACAAAUAUCAGGCGGACACCAUGCCCAGUUUCUACGAAGUGGAGGAGAGCAAAGUCCAUGAGACAGGCUUCGACAACCGGGCGGAAUUCAUUUCCCCGAACAUGGUGGCGUUCAUUGAAGGUGUCGUUGACGACGUACGAUCUCAAGGCGCAGAUCCCGAAAUGGUGGUGAACUGGCUCACCGCAGCUAGGAACGGUUUGGUGGCGAUGAGGAACAAGAAGUUCGAAUACAAGAUGUAUUUUGGAGGCCCCAACAACGCGGGCACCAAAUGGAACGGCUACGAGUCCUAUUGGAACAACGGCACCACGGCUCUGGGCCCAGACGAAGCCUUGUACAACGUGGGGGGCGGACAAUGGCAUUACGAAAUGGGCUUUUCGGACCCCUACUUUGGCAGCACGCAAGCCAUGGUCAGCGCCUACUACGCGCAGCUGGGGAAGAAUCCCACCUACGAUGGAGCUGCUUGUAUGGCGGCCGGUAUCGCCGUGAGCUUCGGGCUGCAGAAGUACGGCCAAUCCUUACUGGGGAUGACCGUGGCGCAGCGCCGCGAGGAGAUUCGGAUCUCAGUGGGCACCUUGAACGACGAGACGCUCUACGGCAUGGUGCGUUUUAAUCGGUUUAAUCAGAACAAUGGUCGCUUGACGGUGAAUUGGCAAGUGCUGGAAGAUGGUGGCACCAGGCCGGUGCUUCCGCCGGAAGCUGCGGCCACGCAGUUCCGCUUCCCCAGCCCCACCUGGGAUGCGCGCUUAGGGUGCCCUGCUGGGACUUACGCCGACGGUGUGCUCCAGGUACCCACGCAGUGCACGCCCUGUCCCGAGGGGAGGGCACGUUCCGUGCCAAGCCCUGGGUUGAACUUCACCCAAUGCGACAUAUGUCCCAUGGGCUUCGGCACGCUGCCGGCGCAGACGGGCCUGCUGGAGUGUCCCGCCUGUCCGGCCGGACGGUAUCAAAACGGCGACUCCGAUCGAGGUGUGUGCAACCAAUGCCCCGUGGGCACGUCCCGCAGAGCCAACACCAGCGGCGGAUGCAGCCUCUGUGCUGCGCAAAGCUAUGCAGAUGUCACCGGCUUGGACGAGUGCAAACCAUGCCCUUCCCAAAGCUCCCAGGGCGAUCUGGGUCAAACCUUCUGCUUCUGCGACGUAGGAAACUACAAAGAUCCGUCGGAUAGCAUCCCUGUGGGCACGGUGCUACCAUGCCUCGCCUGUGAGAGCGUGAUUCCGGGCAGCACCACCUUGUACCCCAACUCGCGCUACAGCCAUGAAUGCGUCUGCCCCACAGGAACGUAUUUUCACCGCUUCAGCGCCAGCAGCGAUGCGGGGCACUGCGAGUCCUGCGGCCUUGGCCUGGUCUGUUUGGGCGGCCGGGAGGGGUCGAGCACCAACAGUAGCGCGCCGCACCAGGCCCCCUUGCAGCAAGAGGGCUAUGCAGCCGGUGCUCCGGCCUAUUCGGGUGGCAGCCCAUCGUUCAUAGUGGAGUGCAGUAGCAGCCUCACCUGCCCGGGAGGGUUGGCCCUGGGCGCCUGUCCCGGGAGCAACUCGGGCAUGGCCUGUGUGGAUUGCCUUCCAGAUCACUACCAGGAGAAUGGACUUUGCUACUCCUGUGCUGAAGCGGGCUUUGCUCUAUGGCCUUUGAUCAUUGCCUUUGUACCUUGA